AUGGUACCAUGUUUGGAAUGUGGUAAUGGUCACACAGCCGAGAACUUUUCUCAUGCCUGUUGCGUUCAGAAAAGAAUUCAGGACAUCAAUACAUGGCUACGGACGAUGCGAAGCAUUAGGAUAGAACGCGCAGUUGCCGUUGUUGCGGGAAUCAGGAUUUUGCCGAAAACUGAGGAUGACUACCGAAGAAUCGUUCGCCUGUUCAGGGAGAAGGACGUGCCCCAUCAUACGUUCCCUCUUCCUUCAGAACGAAAUAUUCACGCGGUAGUCAGAGGCAUACCCGCAAUGUUUUCGGAACUGGAGAUCAAACGGGAAUUAGAACAGAGGGGAUAUACUCCUCUCCACGUUAUCCGACUCAAACGCAGUGGCGGCGCACCCAUGCCUUUGGUGGUCGUGAUACUGCCCAAGAUUGAAAAGCUGCUGGGUCUAGCGAUCAGAGUUGAAGUUCAAAAGAACUCUAGACUUAUUGGGCAGUGUCACCGCUGCCAAAGGUAUGGCCAUGCGCAGUCUUACUGCACAGCACCUCCCAAAUGUUUAAAAUGUGGUUCCGACCACAUGACACAUUUAUGCCCCCUCACAGGUCAAGAGGAGCGAAAGUGUACGAACUGUGGAGGGGCGCAUCCCGCUAACAGUCCCACUUGCAGAUUCACCCCCAGGCGAAAUCUGGAAGUCAUAGCGCAAAGACGCAGCAAGUCAUACGCGGAAGCAGCCCUCUCAACAUCAACACGCAGAAUGUGGACCUAG